AUGGCCGAGUACCGCAGCUUGCUGGAGGAGCUGGCACAGAACAUCACGGCCGAGGACCUGGAGCAGCUCAAGUCGGCCUGCAAGGAGGACAUCCCAGGGGAGGGGGAGGCCAUCGCCACCAGCCACCACUGGUUCGCCUUCCUGGAGAAGCACGACAAGCUGGGCAGAGACAACCUGUCGUACAUCGAGCACAUCUUCGAGAUCUCGCGCCGCCCCGACCUGCUCACCAUGGUGGUUCAGUACCGCACGCAGGUGCUCAAGAUCUCCGAGGAGGACGAGGUGGACACCAAGCUCACCCGCAUCCCCAGCGCCAAGAAGUACAAGGACAUCAUCCGACAGCCCUCGGAGGAGGAGAUCAUCAAACUGGCCCCCCCGCCCAAGAAAGCCUGAGGGGGGGGCGAGGAGCAGGAUGAAGGCUGUGCCCCCCCCGUGUCCCCCAGCGCCUCUCCGGCCCCGGGCAGGCGGGGGGGGGCGGCGCGGUCACUAACCAAGUCUUAACGCCCCCCCCCCUACCCGCCAGGGCCGCUCUGCGUGUGGGGGGGGGGUAUGGGGGGGUGGCGCUUUGCUGUUCCCAGGGGACCCCCCCAAGCGCUCAGUGGGAGGGGGGACAACAAUAGGGACCCCCCCCACCCAGUCCAAGUUGUGGCACUGGGGGGGACAGGCACCGGGACCACCCCCCCCACCCCAAUGUUGUGGGGGGGACACAGGGACAUGGGGACGAAGGAGGGGGCAGGUUGGGAGGGGGCGAGUGGCACGGAUGAGCUGGGGGGGGGUUGUGGCCCCCCCAGGAGGAUGGAGUGAGUUUGUGAGGCCUCAGCCCCACAGGGCGGGGGGGGCACAGCUGUAGUGUCCCCCCCCAGGGGCUGCAAUGAGGGGACAAGCAGGUGACAUGAUGGGGGGGGCGGUGGCAGCCCCAGUGCAGGUGGUGACAUGGGGGGGACCCCACACCCCCCCCCCAGGGCAUUGGGGAAUCUCCCUUGGAAAGACCCCCCCGAACCCCCACUUUGGUGGGGGGGGGGGGCGGGCACAACUGGGAGCACCCCCCAUCCAGCCAAACUGAUUGGGGGAGGGGGGGGGGGUCCUUCCAGCCUCUCCCAGUGCCAUACUGGGUGGGGGUGGGCACAGGACUGGGAAUGGGAACAGCCCCCCCAGUGUGCGUGGGGGGGGGGUCUCUGGGGUUCAGCUCUAGCUACUAACCCGGGGGGGGGGGCACUGGAGAGAGAAUAUGUUAAUAUAUUUUAUUUAAUAAAAGCUAAAACCCGCAGAGCGCCUG